AUGGCUAUCCUCAAAUAUGUGCGUUCAAUUAAGGACCCGCUUAUCCUUUUCCUAACUCCGGUGGUGAUUCUUCCUUUGCCAUUGGUGAUCGGGACACCGGUAUGUAAUGAGGCAGAAUGUGCCUAUGUGAUUGUGCUGAUGGCAGUGUACUGGUGCUCAGAGGUGCUGCCCCUGGCUAUUACUGCUCUGCUGCCAGCUUUCCUCUUUCCUCUAUUUGGGAUCAUGAAGUCAAAAGAUGUAUGUAUGCAAUACCUGAAGGACACAAACCUGUUGUUUGUGGGGGGGCUGUUGGUGGCAGUGGCGGUUGAGCACUGGAAUCUACACAAACGCAUCGCUCUAAGAGUCCUCCUCUUUGUAGGUGUUCGACCAGCACUUUUGAUGUUAGGUUUUAUGGGAGUCACAGCCUUCCUGUCCAUGUGGAUCAGUAACACGGCAACCACAGCCAUGAUGGUGCCUAUUGUCCAAGCUGUGUUGGAACAGCUCAACAAUAAUGAAGCAGAUAUUCCUCAUAUCCUAAGCUCUGAGCAGCAGCUCCAGACAUCGGAUACUGACAACAAACAGCAGGCUGAGAAACAGAAUGAGACACAAGGUGGAUCUUGGUUGCCUUUUUACAGUCCUGUUAUUGUAACAUUCCUGGAUGCUGAGGCAGAAGCAGCAAAGCAGAAGGAGGCUGCUGAGAGAAGAAGGAUGUGCAAAGGGAUGACUCUGUGUGUGUGUUACUCUGCCAGCAUCGGGGGCACAGCCACUCUGACUGGGACUGGUCCAAACCUCGUGCUCAAGGGCCAGAUGAACCAAUUAUUUCCUAAUAAUGGAGAUGUGAUCAACUUUGCCUCUUGGUUUGGUUUUGCAUUCCCUAACAUGAUUCUCAUGCUUGCACUGGCCUGGCUGUGGUUACAGUUUGUCUUCAUGGGUUUUAACUUCAAGAAGACCUGGGGUUGUGGUGCUGUGAAGACAGAAAAAGAAAUAGCUGCCUACAACGUGAUCCGAGAGGAGCACCGGGCUCUGGGGCCUAUGUCGUUUGGAGAGAUCAGUGUUCUGGGUCUCUUCAUUCUACUGGUGGUGCUGUGGUUCACCAGGGACCCAGGUUUUGUCAGUGGAUGGGCAACAGAUAUCUUCAACUCUAAAGCAGAGUAUGUGACAGAUGCCACAGUGGCCAUUUUCAUUGCGAUACUUCUUUUUGUUCUUCCAUCCAAGCCCCCAAGCUUUUGUUCAUGGAGGCAUGACAGUGAGCAAAUGCUGAAAACUCCACCACUUUUGACUUGGAAAGUGGCCCAGAAGAAGUUACCUUGGGGUAUUGUCCUUCUUCUUGGAGGGGGGUUUGCACUGGCAAAGGGUAGUGAAGAAUCUGGUCUCUCCAAAUGGAUGGGAGACCAGAUGAGUCCUCUACAAAGCAUUCCUUCAUGGGCCAUAGCUGUCAUCUUGUGCCUGUUGAUUGCUACCUUCACAGAGUGCACCAGUAAUGUGGCCACUGCCACACUCUUCCUGCCAGUCCUGGCUUCAAUGUCUCAGUCCAUUGGGAUGAAUCCACUGUACGUCAUGGUGCCAUGUACUCUCAGUGCAUCAUUUGCUUUCAUGUUGCCUGUGGCCACACCACCAAAUGCCAUUGUUUUCUCAUAUGGCUACCUCAAAGUAGCUGACAUGGCCAAGACUGGUAUUGUAAUGAAUAUAAUUGGUAUACUUUGUAUAACAUUGGCCAUUAACAGUUGGGGCAAGGCUAUGUUUAAUCUGAACACUUUCCCCUCCUGGGCCAACUACACCGGGGAAUGAGUCUGUUCUUCAUGGAGACUUGAGUUCAGCCUCUU